CUCUUCUCUUUUUCUGGACCGGAUAUAAACAAAAUUGCGCUACAAGACUCCCGUGUCUAAUGGGUUUGAAUGAAACAGUUUUUCAAUCCUAAGACACCACCAAGAGCCCAAGUCCAAGUUUCUCAACAACUUUUGCUUCCUGUGCUGCAAGUAUGGCAGAUGGGAUCAUGAAUGAAGAGCCAUCAGAAGUGAGAGAAUAUCUCUCGGAGGAAGAUGAAAAACUUGAGGACUCUGACUCUCACCCCCUCGGUAAUCCAGCUCCUCCACCGGACGUUGACCUCGAGAUGUUGCGAGGUGACAGAAUUGGGGACACUGUCUACAGCGGCAAAUGGUGCAUCGAGAUAGUCAUGAAACUCAUGCAGAGUAACGUUGUUUUAAAGGACAAUGUGGCAACGGAGGAAAGCAGUGGAGCGGACGACAAAGCAGAUGUGGUGGACAUGGAGGAAGAUCUUCAAAAUGAAGUGGGCGUGCUCUGGGACAUGACCAGUAACGAAGAAGUGUGUGAGUAUCUGCACUCUGUGGGAGCUAUAGAGAGCAUCUGUCACGUCAUCAGUAACUCCCGUUGUCCUCGAGCCACGGAGAUGUGUGUCGGUAUGCUGGCCAAUGUGGUCACUCAUGACAACAUGUGGAAAAUCCUGGGCAGUGACUCCACCCUCUACAACAGCCUGAUUCCUCUGCUUGCCAAUACUGAUCAGCCGAGUCUGUUGGAGGUGACAAGGUUUUUCAACACGUGUCUGAGCCAUGCUGACCAUGACCACUGCUACUCAUGUCUGUGCCAGUGGGAGGGUCUUGUCACUCAGGAGAUUACUAGGAUUCUCUCUGGCUCUACACACAGCGAACUUCUGCGCCAGUCGGCCGAGCUGUCGUACAACCUGCUGUACCUGGACACCACAGAGCGACACUUUUGUGCCAGUUUGGCCAACAGCGACUUUGUGCUGGCCCUGGUGGAGGCUUCCAGGGAGAUUGGGUAUGAGCAAGUGACCGGUGGUCAGAACCACGUGAUGGAUGUUCUGUACCACCUGACCACCUACACCGCCGGGGCUCUGGCCAUGGAAAACUGCCUGGAGCCGGUGUCCUGUGCUGUGAUGACCUACCUCAAGGCUCUUUGCCGUGACUUGAGACUGAGCAACGACUGCGCCACCAUCACCACCCUCCUGGCCACCCUUGACCACAUCUACUGUCGACACACGGCUAUACAGCAAGCCAUACUCUCCUCCCCCAGAAUGGUGCGCUAUGUGCUAAAGGUACUGGUGACUGUGUACAGACGUUUGGGCCAGUAUCACCUGAUCUCCAGCUCACACCGCACGACAGAGAUGUCAGGCGACCGGAAGGAAGAAGAAGCGUCAUCGUGGGGUGAGAUGGACGACACUCCGAAACAACGAGCGGCAGAGGAUGGCGGGUCGUGGUCAGAGCGAGCAGCUGGGGUGACAUCGACUUUGAGGACUCCCGAGGCGAGUCCAGUGGUGGGACGCAGGGGGAAGGAGCUGGAUGUGUCAUGGUCAGAACGUCGCGUGGGGACGCCCCUAGCUGAGGAGUUGGUGCAGGAAGUGUGGAAGAGGCCGAGAGAGUUGAAGAGGGUGUCACGUAGGAAGGAAGGAAGAGGCCGGGAUGAUGCAUCUGGGGGGGAAGUUUGUUGUGCUGACAGCGAAAUGAUAGACGGAUCGGAGGAGGCUGAGGGAGAUGUCUCUUUGAAGCGUUUACAGCCGGAUGAAACGACUUCAGACAAUGAACCUGGAGAACAGAAGAAUUCUGUGUGGAGUGGUGCAGACGAGAGUGCGCGUCGCAUAAACUAUCAGGAAAGAUUUGAUGGAGGAGACCAGCGAAAGUCUGAGGGAUUUUCUCCCCAUCCAGAGAACGAUGAACAGCUUCUGACAAAGAACAAAAACGACGAUGACCGCGUCGAAAAGUUUGAGGAUAAAAACGAUAGCUUUGAAACUACCGCAAGUGUCCAGAAGUUAGAAAUAUCGAAUGAUUCUUCUGUUGUCGGUGAAACUGAAACUACUGAAACCUUGCCGUCAGUUGUCAGAGUCACCAACAGCAGUCACCGGGACGUGAGUAGUUCCAAGUUUGAGAGCGACGAUGAGGACAACAAUGAUGGUGAAGAAGAUGACGAUAACGAUGGUGAACGUAAGGGCGACAACUUUGAAGAGGCAGCAGCGGCCAAGGAAAACGUAACAACGGCCAGAGAGGACAAAUACCAGAAUCUUCUCAGCGCCAUACGGGAACUGUUUACUGAUGUCAUUGCCUCUCUAGCUCAG